GCGUAGCAUGACAAGACACGAAAACGUAAGAUAAAGUUAAAAAAUAAGAAAAAGUUUUUUACAAACGGGUUUCAUCUUGUUUUUAGUUUGUGUUCACGCAUGGACCCCUUUACAAGAAUUGGCUCUCUUCAAAGGAAUCUCGAAACGCUUCUGGUUAAACAGACUUGAAUUGCUUCAUUGAAUUUUUGCAAUUUAUGACUUUAAAAAUAAAUAUACACAAGAGUCUCAUGGCUCGUUUGUUGUAACCUUCAAAAGUCUCUAUUUACGGUGCUCAUGUAUGUGCGUAGCUCAAGCCCUUCCAAACCACCUAUAUUACCAAAUCUCAGCAGUCUAUGCCAAAAAGACAGCCGUGGAAACUGUGAAAAUUUAGGAAUCAUACUCAUUGACAACUGAAUAUAAACACUAAAACUAUACCAUUUUAUGCUCCAUGUUUGGAGGCUUCUUGAGAAUUUAGGGAAUGGUGGAUGCUCAACAUAAAAAGCCAGAUAUUGAAGAAUUUUUCUCUUUUUUGCAAAAUGCUUUCCAUCCUCUAGAUGCAAAUCUGCUGGAUUCCUAUGUUCGCAAUCCUUUCGACCACGACGGCCAAGGCGGACCUUUUCGCUGCUUAAUUACGUUAGUUCCUUAUGAGGCUCUUCCUUUGAAUGUUCAUGAAGUCGCAAACCGAAAACCAUAUGUUCGACCCGUAUUGAUUCGGCCAUAUCGAACUUUACGCUUUGCAAGUAAUGAAGGAUAUGUUUGUAAAUUAACACCCGAAUCAUCCUUUACUCCAAUAGAGACAAUUACGCCUGCUUAUAAGGGACGACCUGCUUCCCGUCGCUACAUUAGUCUUAACAAUUACCAAAAAUCUACGGUUCUUCCAUUGAACGAAAAAAACUUUUCGAAUCAAGUCGUGGUUCAACUAUUGGAUUCUCUAGAAACUGACCUAGAUGUAAACAGCACCCGAGCGACGCUAUCAGCUGUCGAUCCAAACUGGCUUUGUCAGGUUUCAAACUUGACAUGUAGCCGUAAAUCUAUUGCUAACCUUUGCAUUCAAUAUGGAAGCCAAAUUUAUUAUGAUCCGUCUUACAGAAAUGCGUACGAAAUUUGGUCGAAUUCCUUACUCUUGGCUGCAUUUAUUCAUACACAAAGAGCGCUAAUUUUACCGGAUCUUUUCAGUAUAUCUAUCAGAAAAUCAUUAGAACGAUUUCACUCUCAGAGUCCUGAAUAUCCGUCUCUUCCACAACCUACUCUUGAGAUCCAACAAGAAGAUACCAAACCCCCUCUUGAAAACCGUUUGGAUCAGCAGGAUACUACUAAUACAUUUCCUACGAAAAAAUCACCUUCUCCCAAUAAAUCCGAUCAGCAUGUAUUACAGAAUAUUGCUUUUAUUACAACAACGAAUGUAUCGCCAAAAUCUCCAAAACACGAUGUCCCCUCACAAAUAGCGAAAUCCCCCAUACUUCAAGAAUUGCAUUUGCAAAAUGUUCCAUCCAACGAUAGCACUGAAGAAGAACAAGUGGAAAGUGAACCUGCGAUGGAUGAAGAGCAACUUAACGAAUCUUCUGAUUCAGAAGAAGAAUUUACAGAGUUGCUUGACUUUCUGAAUAGGAAGAAGGAUUGUGAAGAAGUCACCGCCCAACGAGAUAAAUUAUUCAAAGCUCGAAGUUUCCUGGAGAGCUGGCAAAAAGAAUGGAAACUUCUUGAUCGAGCAAUCAAUAAUGCCCAACAAAGUACUACUAACCAAUCUCACCCAAACCCAAGAGGUCGACCUCCUGGCUCAACAAAAGGGCGUAGGUCAAAGUUAUAAGCACUCACAUUAUUAUUUUGUCUAUUAUGUUUCUAAGAUUUAGUAAAAGUUCACGGAUUAGGAAACAUUUUAUUUGUUGUACCCAUUCUAUAGAUUACGAAUCAUGUACAUAGUUGCUUUUACCAAUAUAUAUUUUCCCUCUCAUAA